AUUUAAAUCUCCCUCUAUGAUCUGUCAACGCAAGUCAGAAAACUGGGGACUUCCUCAAAUAUCCUCACCUACCUAGAGCCUAUACUUGUGUAGAUGCCCGAUACAGAUGAGACAGAUAUUCGACGCCCAUGCAGUAUGGUUUAUAGACCUACAGCUACACAAAUGCAUUUCUCUGUUUUAAUUAUCUGAAGUAGCACUUUAAGAAUAGUGGUUGAUGAGUUGAUCUGCUAUAUCCUUGGCCUUGAGUAACUUUGUGCGGUGCAUGUUUCUGAUGCUGUCUCUGUGUUCUUGAAAUGUAUUGCUCAGUAACGAUUGACCAGAAUAUUGUGCUUGCCAGGAAAGGGCGCGUGAAUCAGGCACAGUGGUUGGCUCCCAACGUAUAGCACUGCAGUCUCACAGAAUGUCUUCAAGUCAAAUCAUCGUAAAUAUAAUACUCUCCAAGUUUAGCUUCAUACAGACUAAAAACAUUCAUAAAAGAAGGACGGGUAUUUCAUCAUUCAAGAAAUGUUUUAUCACAGCAUUGGUAAUAUCUGUGUUAUUUAUCAUCACUUGGGUGUUUUCAGCUUCCAAAAGGAUCAGCCUUGCUCUAAGCUUCGGUGCAAAGGACAGCAGGGGAGUUAAACAACACCCGACACAAUACAUGCUUACACCUCAACACACUUUUGGAUCAUUUGGAUUGGACCAUCUUUUUGAUGUCUUUGUUCAUAAUGACACUAUAAUCAAGGAGUACUCAAACUUCAAUGCUCUGAACCUGACUUCUUCAGCAACAUCCGUGUUUCAGCCGGUCCGACAAGGGUACCAAGUCGGCGAUACUGUUGAAAUUCGAAUAGACGCUUACAAUGGGAUGGGGUACCCUCAGACUGCUGGUGGUGACUUCUGGUUUGUGACAGUGGCAUCGCCCGACGGGUAUUUCAGAAGUGCCGCCCGUCUGGUGGAUCAUCAGAAUGGGAGCUAUUCGGCUUAUUUCUUGGCGCCGCGUCCUGGAAGACUUAACUUGCAAGUUGUUCUAGGUUACCCAUCCGACACUGUGAGGUGGUUGAGUGAGGUUUAUAUGAAAGCCGACGGUUGCUUCACUUGGGCUGCAACAUACAAUCGUUACGGGUUUGGUGAUGGUCAAGGUCGAUGCGUUGUGAAACGAGGGAUGAACCACCUGUUGAACGAAAACAUUUGCUUUUAUGGCGCCAAUGAGACCGGGAUGGGCCAGAGCGCUCUCAUAUGCACCAAGCCCAAUGGGUUCAUUUGUGAUGAUAUCAGAUCUAUAAUGUCCUAUGGACAGUAUGCUGGAAUAGAGAGACCGGUUAAUCAGCUCAUUGUUGGAAAGAAAUAUCUAUUCAACAACACAUUUUACAAGACCAACUUGAUAUCACCCAAGUCAGUGUAUCACAUAGACAUCGCAGAAAAGAGUAAUACAGGAAUGAUGACUGAAGUCUAUGAUUACAAGGUGGAACGUCCCAGAGUACCUUGCGGUGACGGCGACAGUAGGAACUCAAGUUUACUCCCAGAAGGAUAUUGGUUAGGUCCCAGAUGGCAAUCGCUCGUUUGCGCCAACAAACGGUGGGAUGAUGUUGACGACGUCAAGAAAUGCCUUACAGGUCACAAAAUCAUCAUUUUAGGCGAUUCUAUAGGAUGUCAGUGGUUCCGCACGCUAGAGAAGAAACUGGGCGACAAAAAUGUGCCAAAUUCAUAUUAUUAUUGCACCGAGGAUAUGACGCACACGGUCCUUUACAAAAGACACGUGCUCUCUGCGGCACUCACUGCAACUUUUAACUUUGUUGGUUUAGAGCGCAUGUUCGAAGGGGAAUACAUGGAUAUGCUCAAUGACACGAGUGUGAAAUACGUCAUUUUAAUCAGCAUGUCGGCGCACUACUCCUCAUGGAAUAUGGACAGCUAUCGAGAUAGAAUGCGUUCUAUUCGUGACGCCAUCGCGCGCGCGCGUACGAGGCUCGGCGACGAUCGCGUUAUGGCCGUCGUAAAAAAGUCUCAGCCCCGAGAACAGCCUUCGUUUCUAGCUCGUGUGCACAGUAAUGACUAUGUUUUCAGACAAAUGAGUGGGAUAAUGGAGGACGAAUUUGUCGGUAUUGAUGCAAAGAUGAUAGACACUUGGGAUUUAGUUACAUCUUAUCAAAACCAAGUAUAUGUUCAUAUGCCCUGGCCAUGUAUUAAUGAAGAAGUUGAUUUGUUUCUUUCGUAUUUAUGUCCUUCUUGAAAAAAAUAUCAAAAUAUACUAUGCAACCGAAUUUGCCAACAAAAUUGUGAAAUGUUCACUUUCAUUUAUCACGAAUGAUGAAGCCUAUAUUUGAAUGCCAUGUUCACUUGUGUAAUUCUGCUCUUGAUAAACCAACACUUUUGAACGUCUACCUCUGUGAGCGAGCGAAGCGAGUGAAAAAAAAAAAUCAGCUAUUCAUGAGAAUCUUACUCGAGAUUGAUUUUGAAAUGGUAUUCAGAAAAUAACACCAUAUCUUACACCUUCCUUUCGUUUUCUUUCAUCUUUUCUUUUUUGUUCUCGGUUGUAGAACUUUUUUGGGCCAGUGCUAUGCGAAUCUGGAUCAGGGCAAUGGUGGGCCCCAGGAUUUUUAACCUCGCGGAAGGCAAAAAAGCAUUUGGGGGCGGGUCAACACACAAAUAUUUUGCCUAUUUCUCAAACUCGAGCAAGAGGCGCGAGCUACUUUCUUUAAUGUAGACCCUACCGAUUUGAAAAAGGACCUGUUAAGGACUAGCUGUUUGAUUUGUGUCAUGAAGAUGUUCUCACCAAAUAAAUAAUGCGAGCGCGAAGCGCGAGCCGAAAAAUUUUGAGACCCUGAGAUGAUAACUGAACGUUUUAUAAGCACUUCUGUAAUCAUGAACUGGAUGGCUAUCUAAUUAAACAUUUGAUUUGAGCGCGUAGCGCGAGCUGUUUUUUAUUAAGAAAAUUAUGAAUACGCAGGAGGCGUAUCUCGCUAAAACGAAUAAUGAAAACUCUAAUCGCGAGAAGCAUAAUGACUUGAACAUUGGAUUUUUGAGCCCCAUUUGAUAAAUAACAUAUCUCAGUCACAGCUACUGCGAACGUGUAUAGCGCGGGUGACAUGUUCAAUUUUAUGUAAUGACCUGAAGAAUGUAUACUAGUGACAAAAAUUAUUGGGAGCGAACAGUGACUGGAUGAGAAAUUUUUCAAAAUUUAAGGAACGAAAAAGCUGUUUUUCAGCUUUCAGCACUUUUCAGCUUCAGUAGGAUGUUUAUGAUAACAUUUAAUACACAUUUUAUUUUUCGAAAUUUCGGGGGUGGGGCCUACUCACUGGGGGCAAAUGCCCCCGUGCCUCCCACUUGGUACCGCCCCUGGUCUGGGGCGGAGCCCCCGGAACCUCGUAAUAUUUUCAAACAUCGCAGAUGGUCAUUGUUUUAUCAAAUCGCGGGUAAAUACACCAACAAUUUUAACCUCAACGCAGUUGCGGAUAAUAAACGAAAUAUUUUGAGGCAGCACAACAUAGCAAAUGAGGAAAAAUUGUAAAAGUCGCCAGCGAGCGAAGUAAGCCAGAAAAAUUUGGCCUUUGAAAAUGAUUUUGAAAUUAAAUUCUACGUAUGUGAUAAAGGCUUUGGAAAUUUAGCCAAAGUAAACAGGCUUUUUACGGUAAAUCUAGCAAGCGCAAAGCUUUAUUUAGGUUAGGACAUAAUAUCGGUGGAUAUGAUAACUAGCCCUUGGAUAGUUCUACUUUGGCUAAGGAUUUUUCCCGGGAUUUUUUGUCCUGAUUGCAACCAUUAUUGCAUAAAAUUUAGCAAGCUUGUAAUAGACGCCAUCCACCUUUUUAAACGUUCAAUUUAUUUUUCAGUCGUCGGCAACCCGUUCGUCUUAAUAUGUUCUUUUUUUUCUCGUCCCUUUUCUCUAUAUCCUGAUUUUGCAAUUAAGCUUUUGGUUCUAACUUCAUUUCCCAUUUCUUUGUGCCUCUUUCUCCUAUGCAUUUUCCCGCCAUUCUUGCCCGUGGCAUUGAGUCAUUUAUUUUUAUUGUAUAUCCCUCUCUUGCUAAUCAUGCUAAUGUAUUAGUAUUUCAAGAUAUUUGUACUUCCUCACGUGUUCUUUUCUCCUUCCUUUUCCCGUUUCCUUGCAUUUCCCUAGUUAUGUUCUUCCUUUCUUUCCUUUUAGUC